UUCCCAGCGACGGCCGUAAGUGGCGGGCGGAAGCGGCCCUAGAAGCCCGCCGUAAACGGCUCCCUCGCGCCACUUCCGGCCGGCUUCUGCAGACGACGCUGGUGGUCGAUCGUGUGGCGCCGGAGGACGUUCCCCGCGGCCGGAGCCAUGGAGAUGCCGCUGCCCCCAGAUGACCAGGAGCUUCGAAAUGUCAUCGACAAGCUCGCCCAGUUCGUGGCUCGCAACGGGCCCGAGUUUGAGAAGAUGACUAUGGAGAAGCAGAAAGACAACCCCAAAUUCUCGUUUCUGUUCGGAGGCGAAUUCUACAGUUACUACAAGUGCAAGCUGGCGCUGGAGCAGCAGCAACUCAUCUGCAAGCAGCAGACCCCAGAGCUGGAACCAGCCGCCGCCAUGCCGCCCCUGCCACAGCCCCCGCUGGCCCCCGCUGCGCCCAUCCCGCCGGCCCAGGGCGCACCGUCCAUGGACGAGCUCAUCCAGCAGAGCCAGUGGAACCUCCAGCAGCAGGAGCAGCACUUGCUGGCGCUCAGACAGGAGCAAGUGACAGCGGCCGUGGCCCACGCGGUGGAACAGCAGAUGCAGAAGCUUCUGGAGGAGACCCAGCUAGACAUGAACGAGUUUGACAACCUGCUGCAGCCCAUCAUCGACACGUGCACCAAGGACGCCAUCUCGGCCGGGAAGAACUGGAUGUUCAGCAAUGCCAAGUCCCCGCCGCACUGUGAGCUGAUGGCCGGCCACCUCCGGAACCGCAUCACGGCUGACGGGGCGCACUUUGAGCUGCGGCUGCACCUCAUCUACCUGAUCAACGACGUGCUGCACCACUGGGCCCUGACGCGCGGAAAGUCUCUCCCUCACAGCCAGCGCAAGCAGGCCCGGGAGCUGCUGGCCGCCCUGCAGAAAGUCGUGGUGCCCAUCUACUGCACCAGCUUCCUGGCCGUGGAGGAAGAUAAGCAGCAGAAGAUCGCCCGGCUCCUGCAGCUCUGGGAGAAAAACGGCUACUUCGAUGACUCCAUCAUUCAGCAGCUACAGAGCCCGGCCCUGGGGCUUGGUCAGUACCAGGCCACCCUCAUCAACGAGUACUCCUCGGUGGUCCAGCCAGUGCAGCUGGCCUUCCAGCAGCAGAUCCAGACCCUCAAGACGCAGCACGAGGAGUUCGUCACCAGCCUGGCCCAGCAGCAGCAGCAGCAGCAGCAACAGCAGCAGCAGCAGCUCCAGAUGCCGCAGAUGGAGGCUGAAGUCAAGGCCACGCCUCCACCGCCUGCCCCGCCCCCGGCCCCAGCACCUGCCCCUGCCAUCCCGCCCACCACCCAGCCCGAUGACAGCAAGCCUCCCAUCCAGAUGCCUGGCUCUUCAGAGUACGAAGCCCCAGGAGGGGUCCAGGAUCCCGCAGCCGCCGGCCCCCGGGGCCCCGGGCCACACGACCAGAUCCCACCGAACAAGCCCCCUUGGUUUGACCAGCCUCACCCUGUGGCUCCUUGGGGCCAGCAGCAGCCGCCAGAGCAGCCGCCCUACCCGCACCACCAGGGCGGCCCACCCCACUGCCCCCCCUGGAACAACAGCCAUGAAGGCAUGUGGGGCGAGCAGCGUGGUGACCCUGGCUGGAACGGCCAGCGCGACGCGCCCUGGAACAACCAGCCUGACCCAGCCUGGAACAGCCAGUUCGAGGGCCCCUGGAACAGCCAGCACGAGCAGCCGCCCUGGGGCGGGGGCCAGCGCGAGCCGCCCUUCCGCAUGCAGCGGCCCCCACACUUCCGGGGGCCCUUCCCGCCCCACCAGCAGCACCCACAGUUCAACCAGCCUCCACACCCCCACAACUUCAACCGCUUCCCGCCCCGCUUCAUGCAGGACGACUUCCCGCCGCGGCACCCCUUCGAGCGGCCGCCCUAUCCCCACCGCUUCGACUACCCCCAGGGGGACUUCCCUGCCGAAAUGGGCCCCCCUCACCACCACCCUGGCCAUCGCAUGCCUCAUCCUGGUAUCAACGAGCACCCGCCCUGGGCUGGACCCCAGCACCCCGACUUCGGCCCUCCCCCCCACGGCUUCAAUGGACAGCCCCCACACAUGCGGCGACAGGGCCCGCCCCACAUCAACCACGAUGACCCCAGCCUGGUCCCCAACGUGCCCUACUUCGAUCUCCCUGCUGGGCUGAUGGCCCCCCUCGUGAAGCUGGAAGAUCACGAGUACAAGCCUUUGGACCCUAAAGACAUCCGCCUUCCGCCCCCCAUGCCGCCCAGCGAGAGGCUGCUGGCUGCGGUGGAGGCCUUCUACAGCCCCCCAUCCCACGACAGACCCAGGAACAGGUUCUGUGGAUUAACUCCUGAUGACUUUUCCACGAGUUCCUGUGAGUGGGCGUCACGUGGCCACACAGGGAAUGCCGUGUCUUACAGUGAAGGCUGGGAGCAGAACGGCCUCUAUGAGUUCUUCCGAGCAAAAAUGCGGGCCCGGCGGAGGAAAGGCCAGGAGAAGAGGAACAGUGGACCCUCAAGGUCUCGGAGCAGAUCCAAGAGUCGAGGGCGUUCUUCCUCCCGCUCCAACUCAAGAUCCUCCAAGUCUUCAGGCUCGUACUCAAGGUCAAGGUCGCGCUCCUGCUCCCGCUCCUACUCCCGCUCCAGAUCCAGAAGUCGGAGCAGGUCGCGCUCCUCCAGAAGCCGCUCCCGGUCCCAGUCACGGUCCCGGUCCAAGUCAUACUCCCCAGGAAGACGACGCCGGUCACGGUCCAGGAGCCCCACCCCGCCUUCCUCUGCUGGUCUGGGUUCUAAUUCGGCACCUCCCAUCCCUGACUCAAGGCUCGGAGAAGAGAACAAAGGCCAUCAGAUGCUGGUGAAGAUGGGCUGGAGUGGCUCUGGCGGCCUCGGUGCGAAGGAGCAAGGGAUCCAGGACCCCAUCAAGGGCGGGGAUGUCCGAGAUAAGUGGGACCAGUAUAAAGGCGUGGGCGUGGCCCUGGACGACCCCUACGAGAACUACCGCAGGAACAAGAGCUACUCCUUCAUUGCCCGCAUGAAGGCCAGGGACGAGUGUAAGUAGGCGCCCAUGCAGGGAGGCGCCAUGCCGGUGGCCAGCAGUGCCGACUGUGGGACCUUCCUGGCUGACUGGCAGUGGAAGAUCACAGUGACAGUUCAGUUCUCACACCGUCUCCACUUGUGGAGAGCCACAGGAAGCGAAGGAAGACCAGCACAUGCCCAAUGGGAAUGCCAUGCUCCAUGGCGUGGAGGGCACGGGCGCCACCCACAAACCACACCAGGAGGCGCUACAGCCACCAGGGCCCCAGGCUCGUUUCCCUUUACAGUGAAGCAAGAAACACAAGAUCCUCCGCCCCGAGUAAGAAUUCACCCAUGAAGGGAUGGAUGUGCAUCUGCCCUGAGUCAGAUUGAAGCCUCCUCUUAGGCUCCAGGAGGAGCAUGUGCUGGAGGGGUCAGCCUGGGCCAGAGCCAGCGCCCUAGCUCUGUCCUCCAGCUCCCAGCGCCCACCGACCCUGACCGGGCUUCCCCUCGGCUGUGUAGGGACAAAGCCAAGGCCCAGUGCCAUGACUGCCCGCAGAUUGAAAAACAGAAACACAACUUUUUUGACUUGACUUGCAAAGUGAAGCAGAGUUUUCAUUUUUAUUCCCCUUGGUUUAGUUUUAGAAAGAAGAAUAUUGACCCGAGAAGGGGCCCAGUGAGAUUCUGAAACCCACUUCUUCAAAGGCGUACUGGCCCUUAGUUCAGUUAUUUUAGUUGUUUAAGUUGAUACUUUUUUUCUGGAAUGUAGCCAUUUGCUGUUAUCUGGGAAACAGAAGAUUCUAACAGGAAGCCAGCCUAAGACACUUCAGGUCGAGCGCUUCCUCGGAGUCCGUGCCCAUCGCAUCCCCUGCUUGAGUUUCGCACUUGGAAGAACCCUGCACCGGCUGGUGUGUGCUAUGGCCCGUCCCAUCCAGAGUGUGGAGCCCGACCCCAGCCAGCACCUCCCACUCCGUCAUUUCAUUUCACACCCCUGAAGGGAGGGGAGGCCAGUUGGGAGCUGCCCCGCGGAAGCUGGUGGGCAACUGCUGGGAAUCGGCCACACGUGGUGUCCAUGGGCAGCCUGGUGCAAUGCCAUUCAUUUGUACAAAAACAUUUUUGAAAAAUUCUUUUCAAUAAGAUGCGAAAUCUUCCAACUUUUCAACCCAACGUGAUGAAUAUUUGAUUUUGUUCUAGAUUUCCUGUAGCUGUGAAUUGUUAAAAUGUAUGAUUCAGGAUAAGACGUAAACACGUGCUGUUAGUAAUUUCUUGUGGAUUUCAUUGUUUUGCCUUCAAAUAAAGCCUUUUUUUAAAGACCUUU